CAAGUAUUCCCUGAGAGUUGGUGGCCAGAGCUGCGCGCUGUCGUUAUCGUGCUUGAUGAAGCUGAGAAGGAAGUCGGCAGCAGUAUUGGGAUGCGCAGAACAGUGGAGACAAGCGAGUUGCUGAAGUAUCGCGCUAAAAGAGUUGUUCCAGAGCGAAUUAAACGAUUGACAGCGGCUUUCAAAGUUCGUAAUUUUUAUGACUUUGCUUCUAUCACCAUGGCUGACAGCAACCAGUUGCAUGCAGUUUGCUUGGACUCCUUCCCUCCACUCCGGGUACGUUUGCAAGGAUCUGGGUGCACUCAAGAAUCCAACGCCAAAAUCUACCCUGUUGAUGUAGGAGCAGUAACCUUAUUAUACCACUACAAGUGGUACGAUGUCUUCUAG